AUGUCUUGCUACGACCUGGCCACCACCUCUGCCUGCGGCGUCUUCCGCCCCCAGCCCCUGGCUAACAGCGGGAAUGAGCCCUGCGUCCGCCAGUGCCCUGACUCCACCACUCUGAUCCAGCCACCUCCAGUCGUUGUCACCUUCCCUGGCCCCAUCCUCAGCUCCUUCCCCCAAGAUUCUGUUGUGGGAUCCUCUGGAGCUCCCAUCCUUGGGGGCUAUGGGGGUCUGGGGAGUUAUGGAUCUUCCCUGGGCUAUGGGGGCCUGGGGGGUUAUGGUGGUCUGGGGGGCUAUGGAGGUCUUGGGGGCUAUGGGGGCUCCUCCUUGGGCUAUGGAGGUCUGUAUGGCUAUGGAGGCUCCUCCCUCAACUAUGGGGGAUCUUCUCUGGGCUAUGGGGGCCACUAUGGCUAUGGGAGAUCUUAUAGUUCUGGUUCUUGCAGCCCUUACUCCUACCGAUACAGCAGGAAUCGCCGUGGCAGCUGUGGUCCCUGCUAA